AUGUCUACCCCUAAAGACAGACUUUUACAAUUAUCAGGACAUUUAAAUGGAGCCGAAGCGAGUGAAGAAAAUAAACCUAGGUUAUGUUGUAAAGUUUGCAUUAUUACCGGAGCCGCUUCAGAAAAAGGCAUAGGUCGCGCUACUGCGUGGGCAUUUGCCAAGAACGGAGCAAAAGCUAUAUAUGUAACAGACUAUCUUGAAGAUUUACUUCCACAACUUGCAAAGGAGAUACAAACAAAAUACCCAAAGGUUACAGUAAUUUCACGUAAACUAGAUGCAGCAUCGGAAGAUGAUGUUAAAUCAACUGUUGAUGAUGCCAUAAAAAGAUUUGGUAGAUUAGAUGUAUUUUUCGCUAAUGCUGGUAUACUUGGUAUAAACAAGAUACAUGAUUUAGUACCAUCUAAAUUUAUGGAAGUUAUGAGAGUAAACGUACUUAGUGUAUUUUUGGCCAUAAAACAUGCAUCAACGGCAAUGAAAAUUACUGGGAACGAUAAGAAACAAUCCGGUGGUUCGAUUAUUGCAACAGCUUCAGUUGCUGGAUUGAGAUCUGGUGCUGGAUCCAUUGAUUAUUCGGCUUCAAAAGCUGCUGUCAUUAAUAUGAUUCAAGUAGGCGCCUGGCACCUGGCUAACACGAAUGUUCGCGGAUUAGUUGAAACUAAUAUGACAGCUCCCGUCUUCGAUCACGCUCGUACACGUGGUACUAUUAAUAAAGUUGGGCAAUUAAAUCCUUUGCAAAGAUAUGCUGUUCCGGCUGAGAUUGCAAAUGUAGUAUUAUUCUUGGCAAGUGACGAGAGUUCAUACGUAAAUGGUCAUUCAUUAUCAGUUGAUGGUGGAUUGUCUUCUAGUUUACCCGUCGUUCCUGGCAAAUUUUAUUAA